AUGUUCCUGACCACCCUCCUCUGCCGCAAUCGCAUUCCUGGCAGACAGUGGAUUGGGAAGCACCGGUGGCCACGGACCGUGUCUUCCCAGGCGAGGCAGAACAUGAUCCGUCGCCUGGAGAUAGAGGCAGAGAACCACUACUGGCUGAGCAUGCCCUACCUCAUCACGGAUCAGGAGUACGGCCACGCCGCGGAGCACAGGGCGGCGGCCUUCGAGGCCAUCAAGGUGGCCAGCAUGUCCAAGUUCCCCCCACACAGAUUUGUGGUAGACCAGCUCGACCAUCUCAAUGUCAGCAAGAAGUGGUGCUGA